CUCAAGCGAGCACCUGCAACGCGAUGUGGCGGCGGCUCUCCCUCCUCUCCGCCAAGCUCCCGAUCCGCCGCCACCCUCCGAUCAUCAACCCUCUUCUCCCCUUCCCCAAAACCCUAGCCCUCCUCCCCUCCGUCUCCAAUGCUUCCAUCUCUACUUCUCCUUUCACCCAGAUGGCGGCGAUGGGAUCGGCCUCGACCACGGUGAGCCUUCUUAGAUUGAAUGAUUUAAGGGAUAACAAGGGAGCGAGGAAGCAGAAGACGAGGAAGGGGCGGGGGAUUGGGUCGGGGAAGGGGAAGACAGCGGGAAGGGGGCAUAAGGGCCAGAAGGCUCGGGGUACUAUGAAGUUUGGGUUUGAAGGCGGCCAGACUCCUCUGCGCCGGCGCCUCCCCCGACGAGGGUUUAAGAACCGCUUUAGCCUCACUUUCCAGCCAGUUGGAUUAGGAAAGAUUGCUAAACUCAUUAAUGCUGGAAAGAUUGACUCAUCAGAGCUUAUCACAAUGAAAACACUCAAAGAAACAGGUGCUAUAGGGAAGCAGAUAAAAGAUGGUGUUAGACUGAUGGGUCGUGGUGCUGAACACAUCAAAUGGCCAAUUCAUCUUGAGGUAACAAGGGUGACAGUACGAGCCAAAGAAGCAGUUGACGCUGCAGGUGGAUCUGUGAGGAAAGUCUAUUAUAACAAGCUUGGAUUCCGGGCAUUGCUGAAACCUGAAUGGUUCGAGAAGAAGGGUCGGCUACUACCGAAAGCAGCACGGCCUCCUCCAAAACAGCAAGACAAGGUUGACAGCACAGGUCGUCUUCCGGCCCCAACUAAACCAAUUUCGUUCAUUACCGAGCAACAACCAGAAGACACUGUGACUGUUCCAUCAGCCUCCUGACUAACAAUUAAACUGUUUAUCAUACCAAGAUGAGGGUUCUGCAGAUGAGUUGCUCAUAGAUUGUAAUCCAUUUUGGCCUCCAAUAAUCCUCAAUGCUGAUGUACUACUAUCAGAUUUUGUCAUUUGUUCUUAAAUCAGUAUGAUUUUCAGGUGAAAGAUUGCUUAA